GACUUUCUCUCUACACAUCUACUUGUGACUGGAAUAUCGAUACACCCUUUUUUCGUUCUGUAUUACUCUCUUUGGUUCCUCAAUAAUUAUAAUUGUCGGAAGAACAACACCCAAAAUGGCCGGUAUUGGUGAAGGAACUCACAAGAAACGCAAGUUGCCAGAAGCAGCCGAAAUCGAGAUUGACGUCUCUGCUCCUGAGCCUCCGUCCAAAAAGGCCUUGCGUAAGGCUAAGAAGAACACCUCCGAGACUACAUCAGAGCCAGCCACGGAACAAACUACGGACGCUCCGGCGAAUGCCCAGGAGGCUCCCGCGAAACGCUCCGACUAUGGAGUUUGGAUUGGAAAUCUGCCGUUCUCCGUGAACAAGGAUGACAUUCGCCGGUUCUUUACCAGCAACUGUUCAUUUGCCGAGACCACCAUUACCAGAAUUCAUAUGCCUAAAGGCGCGGAGAAAUUUGGGAAAGCGCAAAAUAAGGGAUUCGCCUACGUCGACUUUUCCACCGAGAGGGCCGCCAAGGAGGCCCUGGGUCUGAGCGAGCAGCUCGUGUCCGGACGGCGCGUGUUGAUAAAGGAUGCGAAGAGCUUCGUGGGAAGACCGGAAAAAAGCCAGCAGGAUGGUCAACAUGCCGGUACCAACACAUCGUCUGGCCACCCUCCCUCGCGGCGCAUAUUUGUCGGUAAUCUCGGCUUCGACACUACGAAGGAAGCCAUUGAAGAGCACUUCGCGCAAUGCGGGACUGUGGCGCAUGUACAUGUGGCGACUUUUCAGGACACCGGGAAAUGCAAGGGCUAUGCUUGGGUGCAGUUUGAGGACAUUGCGGCAGCGGAGGCAGCGGUGAGAGGGUUUAUGAUGGUCAACGAAGACGAGGAGGAUGAGGAGGAUUCCGCAUCCGAGGCCGAGGAGCGUAAAAAGCCCAAGAAACCGAGACAGAGAAGGGUGUGGGUGAACCAGCUUCUAGGUCGACGCAUGCGGAUGGAAUUUGCAGAAGAUGCUUCCACCCGGUACAAGAAGCGAUUUGGCAAAGAGAAAGACGCCAAGGGCAAUGACUUUGGGGAGGUCAGUGGGGCUGACAAUUCAGCCGGGAGACAGCAAGGCCGACCUGCGAAGCCCAGAAAGCCGGAAUAUUCGAGAUACGACGAGGGAACUGUGCAGAAACUGAGCGGUGCCAUUGUCGAGGGCCAGGGAAAGAAAACCACUUUCGAUUGAGGUGUCGACGAUGGAAGACAUAGAAAAGAGACUCAUUAUGAAAGGCUACUUACACAGCAAGAGCGAAAGAAUGACCUCGUUCUCUCAAGAACGGUCGAGGGCGACUCUUGUUGGAUCCAUGGAUCCCUUGCUGGAGAAAGGCGCAAGAUGAAACCCGGAGGUGGUCAGCCUAUGUCUUUUUAGUGGUAUAACCCCGAGCUUCCUUCUAGUUAGUUGCCAUCACGACAGGGUCCGAUUCUCACUCUACAACAGACCUUGCAUAGCCACGGUCAGCAGCCUGUUCAUACAGUCAG